CGGGUGAAAUCUGGCAUUAGUCUUUCCACUCUAACAGAAGAACCAAGCUCAGGUGUUCUCGCGAGAGGAGCUGUCUGUGCUGUGUUUACAAGCAGUACUUAUUAGCAGCAGUCUCCCCCUGGCGUCACUCCUGACGGCUCGGCUGAGUGAACUGUGGAGAAGACACGCAGCUGCUGGGAGGAGGCUGCACCGACAUUUCGUCUUUGACAGUCGGCAGGACACCUCUCCUUCGGGACGUAUUUUCAUUCGGCCAUAAAACCCAGUUGAGGGUCGUUGUUUGCAGUCUCAACACAGCGAGAUCUGAGGGGAAGCAGAGCAGACCUUGCCCUCCCUGACUGGAGAGGGAAUCACAGCCAUAGUUCUAGCCACACAGACCAUCUUUGCCUCCAUCAUGCAGCCCUUCAUUCUUCUCUUCUCCCCAGUCUUCCUCCUGUCUUUCCUCAUUCCCGUCUGCUCCACCCAGAACGAGGCAGACCUCAUCGUUCAGACACGUGCUGGUCGAGUCCGUGGCAUCCGCCUGCCAGUGCCAGACCGAAGCUAUGUCACUGCUUUCCUGGGUGUCCCCUUUGCUGAGCCACCAGUAGGGAAGCGACGUUUCCGUCGUGCUGAGCCCAAGCGUCCAUGGACAGGGGUGUAUGAGGCCAACACCUACCCCAAUGCCUGCUACCAGUUUGUGGACACAUCGUUCCCUGGCUUCCAGGGCAGUGAGAUGUGGAACCCCAACAGAGAGAUGAGCGAGGACUGCCUGUAUCUCAAUGUGUGGGUGCCCUCGUCACCCAGACCACACAAUCUCACCGUCAUGGUGUGGAUCUACGGCGGAGGUUUCUACAGUGGCUCUUCUUCUUUGGACGUGUAUGAUGGUCGUUACUUAGCUCACAGUGAGACGGUCAUUGUGGUUUCCAUGAACUACCGGAUCGGUGCCUUUGGCUUCCUCGCUCUGCAUGGUUCUUCUGAGGCUCCAGGCAAUGUGGGUUUGCUGGACCAAAGGAUGGCACUGCAGUGGGUACAAGACAAUAUCCAUUUCUUUGGUGGAAACCCCAAACAGGUUACUAUCUUUGGUGAAAGUGCUGGUGGUGCUUCAGUAGGAUUCCACCUCUUGUCUCCAGACAGCCGGCCUACCUUCACCAGGGCCAUCCUCCAGAGUGGGGUCCCCAACUGCCCCUGGGCCUCAGUGAGUCCUGCUGAGGCCCGCAGACGUGCCACAUUGCUGGGGAAACUGGUUGGCUGUAAUGGAGGCAAUGACACAGAGUUAGUGGACUGUCUGCGUGGUAAAACUCCGCAGGAGCUCAUCGACCAGGAGUGGCAAGUGCUGCCGUGGUCAGGACCUGCCAUCUUCAGGUUUUCAUUUGUCCCUGUUGUGGAUGGCGAGGUUCUGCCUGACACUCCUGAAGCCAUGCUCAACUCAGGCAACUUUAAAGAUACUCAGAUUCUCCUCGGGGUCAACCAGGAUGAGGGCUCCUACUUCUUGCUGUAUGGAGCACCAGGCUUCAGCAAGGACAAUGAGAGCCUCAUCUCCAGAGAGGACUUCCUGGAAGGGGUCAAGCUGAGUGUACCACAUGCUAAUGAUAUUGGCCUGGAGGCAGUGGUACUGCAAUAUACUGACUGGAUGGAUGAGAAUAAUGGUGUGAAGAACCGUGAUGCCAUGGACGACAUCGUAGGUGACCACAAUGUCAUCUGCCCACUGGCCCACUUUGCUCGCUCCUACUCCCAGCACAACGCCCUGAAGGCUAACAUGGGAGGAGCUGGCUCUGGUGUCAUGAACAGUGGAGGAAAUCCACAAGGAGGAGUUUACCUCUACCUAUUCGACCAUCGAGCUUCCAACCUGGCUUGGCCGGAGUGGAUGGGUGUGAUCCAUGGCUACGAGAUUGAGUUCGUCUUUGGCCUGCCACUGGAGAAGAGACUCAACUACACUGCAGAGGAGGAGAAACUGAGCAGACGCAUGAUGAAAUACUGGGCCAACUUUGCACGAACUGGAAAUCCCAAUGAUGGGCUGGUGGACAGCAGGAAGCGCUGGCCCCUGUUUACUGUCAGCGAGCAGAAACAUGUUGGACUCAAUACUGAACCACUGAAGAUCCACAAAGGUCUUAGGAACCAGAUGUGUGCUUUCUGGAACCGCUUUCUGCCACGCCUCCUCAAUAUCACUGACAACAUAGAUGAGGCAGAGCGGCAGUGGAAAGUGGAGUUCCACCGCUGGUCCUCCUACAUGAUGCACUGGAAGAGCCAGUUUGACCACUACAGCAAGCAGGAACGCUGCACUGACCUCUGAGAUUCUCAGCAGAGAGAUAAGAGAAUGACAGGGAAGGGGGAGGCAGAAAGAACAAGUCAUGGCCAAUUUCCUCCAUAGCCUCUGAGUGAAGUCUAAUUUCAUUUAUUUAGAUCUUUUAUUUUUAUUGUUUUCCGUUUCACUACACACACAAACACAGGCACUGUGGAUCUUUAUUUAUAUUAUUUAUACUAUUUAUGUAUGUGUUGUUUCUUCUGAAUUUGUGUGUGUCUUAAUGGACAGUAGGGGCUAUGGAGGGAACUUGUCACAGAGGAGUUUUAAAAAUGUAAAAGAUCUGUCAUUACCUCGGGUGUGCGUGCGUGUGUGUGUGUGUGUGUGCGCGUGCGCGCGCAUGUGUGUGUGGCUUGAAAGCCCCUCAGUUUAAUUCAGAUCUCGACAGGCCCAUGACACUGCCCAGCUGGUUUACUGUUGACUCACCUGUCCCGUUAAUUUCCAGCUUUUGUUUGUGGAUUCCUUCUUUCCAACAAAUCAGGGUUUGUUUUUUGGACUCAACAAAACUGUUUAUUUCUGUCUCACAUUUAUGUCAAAGCCCUUUUAUCUUGUUCUUGUUCUGUAGUAUUAGUAUGACCACUAUUCCCAUACCUAUCAUGUUCUGCUUUACUUUGUUUGGGAUAUUUCUAAAGUGUUAAAGCCAAAAGCUGGGUUACAUCCAAAUCUCUUUCGGGUGAAAAGGUCCCAUUGAAACAUUACACUCCCUAAAUUUUCCCCAGUAUUGACAAAAUCACUUCAUACUAGUUUGAUGUAACAUGUAGGUUUAUAAGUUAGGUCUUUCUAUUCCUUAAGUCCUACAAAAUGGUGCCUAAUUCAUAUUACAUUACAAAAUAUCACUUAAAAUCAAAUAGAAACAAGUCAUGUUAAUGUUUAUGGCCUCUCUCAGCUUUGCUUCUAUCAGCAGUUCAGUUCCAUAUAUGCCAGAGAAACCACUAUCUUAUCUGUGUAUUCGCUUAUUGACAGAAAUAGGGUGGAGGGGUGAGCCAACGAGAAACAAACAUGUCUACUGAUAAUGUCAGAAAAUCUCAAAAUAUCAAAUACAAUACCGCCAAAUCCAUCACACAUGCAAGGGGAAGUGACUGAGGGAGUUUAAAAGAUUACGGAAUACACAACAGAACAAUCGGACUAUCAUACAGGAGGGUCAAGUCAGAGCAGUUUCACUUUAAAGAGAGGCAGUAAGUGAAAUUAAUUAUCUCACUUAAAUAAAAACAAUGCCUCUUUUAAGCAGGGCAGCAAAUAAUGGUUGUUUUAAUGAUCAGUUAAACUGCUGAACAUUUUCUCAAUUAAUCAGUUCAUUAUUCUGUCUAUAAAAUAUCAGAAAACAGUCAAGUGUCCAUCAUAAUAUUAUGAAGUACAUGGUGAUGAUGCAAAUGUCUGGUUUUCUUUUACCCAAAAAUAUAACUUUAGUGAAAAGCAGCAAGUGAGAAGUUUAUUUUUUCCUGUAAAAAAAAAUCACUGAAACAAUUACUUAAAUAUUAUUGAAAUAGCUGCCAAUGAAUUUUUAUUCAAUUAACUAAUCAAUUAAUCAGCUAAUGGUUGCAGCUUUUACCUUAAAUCUGCUAAUAUUAGCCAUUCAUUAUAAACUAGUAGUCAUGCCAGACAUAGUAGCACCAAACACCCGAGUGUUGACUAAGGGUGUGGUAUACUGUCAGUGAAUUCAAUUAUUUGGAGACAAAGAUUACUUUAUUUCUGUUUGAAAAGUUACAUGGUCUCUCUUUAAAGCUACCAUACGUAGGAUUUGUGUGUGUCUGUGUGUCUGUGUGUCUGUGUGUCUGUGUGUAUAGACUGGUGCAUGAAUGAGUCCUAAAACCUGGAAGUAAUUUAGCAUUGUAGCACACCUGGUUCCGACUUGUCAUUUAAUUUAGCUCUGACCUCUUCUACAGAAACUUUAGUUGGUCACAGUUUAUUUUCUGUAAUAAUCCAAAACCUAAUGAAACAAUCCCAUUGGCUUUUUGUGGAGGGAACCAGGGUGAUGCUUUGGGGUUUGACUGCAAAAUAUGUCAUCCCUGCAGGACUGUAUUUUCUUUGCUGUGUGUGUGUGUGUGUGUGUGUGUGUGUGUGUGUGUGUGUGUGUGUGUUUGACUGCUUUUCUGUUCACUCUGGUCUUUAUUUCUGUCCUGUCAUUUAUUGUUUUAGUUCUUUUUCUUUUCCUUCCAUCUCCAGUUAAUUCCUCCUCACAUCUCAUCUCUCCCUAUUUCUUUCUUCUCCAUUUUAUUUUACUGCCACCACUUCCUCUACUUCCCCCAUCCCCAAUCCAUCCUCCCAUCUUCUAUUCAUCCUCCAUCUCUUCUGUCCUCCUCUGUUCCCCCUGCAUCUGCUCCUCUCCCUUCAUCACCACUCCCUUUCCAGCCCCUCACCCUGCUUUCUGCCUCUGCUUCGUUCACCUCUUUUAUCUUCCUCUGCAUUCUGGCUAUCAUCUUCAUCUCUAGUCAACCUCCACCCACCCUCCUGUCUCUGCUACUCUCUUCCUUUCAUCCCUCAGCCCCUCCUCUCAUCCUUCUUUUUUCCACUCCUUCCAUCCCUUCUCCUACAUCUCUCUCCUUCCACCUCAUCUUAGUUUUUUCCUCUUCAUCAUCUCUCUCAUUUCUCCCAUUUUCCUCAUCCAUCUCUCAGUGCCUCACUUUUCCCUUUCCGCCCCCUCCCCUUGUGCUGUAUCCCUGCCCCCUGUCCCAUUUCACUCUGUUUCCAUUAGACAAACAAGAAAGCAGGAGGACAGAGUAAUUCACUCAGCAGCAAGAUAAUGUGACAGAGCGCUGAAUCAGCCUCUGGCCUGCCAACCCACAGGACACAAUGGAGAGAUGGAAAAACAUAGAGGAGAAAAAGGAGGAGAGAGAGGGGAGAUGGACAAGGCAUAGGAAGAGGUUGUGAUGUGGUGGAAAGAUGAAAGGAUAUUCAAAGAAAUAGAUUAUUACAUAACCCUUGUCCAUACAAAGCUGUGUGAGCUGCAGCACUCACUGUGGCACUAAUACACAGAAGAUUCAAUGUAAUAAAGAUUUCAGUUCACUUCAUGGUUUGACAGUGAAAGCUUUGAUUUAUCAACAAUCAAUUAGAGUUGCAAAUAGAAAACUAGAAAAUGCUGAAGAAAUUUGCCUUUUACUUUAGCCAUGCUUUGGGCUGAUACCGAUUACUACAGAUUCCUCAAAGUCCUAAAAGGUCAUAGUUUACGUGCAUGUCCUGUGUGUUCUGGAUAAUUACUUAGUGCAUACAUGAUCUAUACAAGAUAACUGACUUCACAAUUUCUUAUUUUGUUCACAUAAGAUCCAUAUUUUAUAUGCUUCAGUUACUAUCUUCUGAGAAGAAGAUGAUAUACUUUAUAAAUUAUUGGACCAGUUCACAGUAUAGAUCUUGUGCACACAAAAUUGACUGCACACACCACCUUGUUCACAUAAGAUCCAUAUGUUUUAGGCACAUGUUGUGAGAAGAGGAUAUUCCCCUUUAUAGGUUUUCUUGUUUGCACAACAUACAUAUUGAAUGUUGCUUGCACAAGUAUCUUGUGGGAACAUGCUAUAAGUUACUAUAUUGUGUGCACAGGAUCCAUAUACUUCACAAGAUUUGUUUUGGGAACAAGAUAUUUUACUUAAUUAUCUUGUCUGUAUAAGAUCUGUGUAGUUUUUACACAAGUUAUUACCUUGUGGAUACAAGAUAUUUUACCAAACAAGUUAUUAUCCUGAACAAGAUAAUAACUUGAGUAUGAAAUAUCAAUAUACAUGUAUUGUUUACACAGGUUGUUGUCUUUGGAAACAAGACAAUUCACUGCACAAGUUAUUUGUGCAACAUCAAUAUGUUUUACACACAAUUCAUUAUGUGCAGAAUUUUCACUGCAGGUUAUUAUUUAGUGUGCAUAAGAUGUGAAUAAUCUGCUCACUCUGGAACUCGUGGACAAGAUCAGUGUGUUUUGACACGUUAUUCUGUUGUGGAUUUUUCAUGUGUAAUGAAAAUCCAUGUGCUGUGUGCAAGUUUCUUAUGAUAGCAAAAUUCACAUGGUGUGAGCACUAACCAAUACUUAAUAAUAAAUACAACUUUUGCUUUCAAGCUGUCAUAGUGUAUUGACAAUGAACAAAAAUGGAAUCUUUGAGGACUUUGGGAGUUCUUUAGGAAACAUUUACAUUUUGAUAUGCUGAAUGGGACCUUUGACUUUUACUGCCUUUUUCUUGUCUCUGUCUACCACCCUUAACACCACUAUGUUUGUGUGUGUGUGUGUGUGUGUGUGUGUGUGUGGUGUGUGUGUGUGUGUGUAAUGUGAUUACUGUACCUGUCUCUCAAACUCUGCUGUUUUUAUUGGAACACUGGGAGGGACCUGAGUCAACUCUGAUUGGCUGAUAACUGUCUUAGCAAAGUGUCUCUGUUGGCAUGUGAAGCUCCUAUUUAUGGGUUGGAGUAUUGUAGUCUAGCUUUAAAAAGAAUCAAAUAUAAAUAAAGGAUUGUACCUGAUGUUUAAAAAAAAACAGUGAAGAAUGCAUGUGUGACAGUCUGUAUGAGUGACAGCUCCUCAAGCUCCUCUCAUCCAAUGGGAGACCCUGCUUAAGCUCCACCUCCCUCUUGCCCUCCCAUCAAAUCCUUGUGCAUGUCCUGAAGUUGACCCUGUCCCAGUAUAUCCUGCCAAACGUGGACUGUUAUUUUCUGUAAAAUUUGUACUUUUGAACAAAACUAUUAUCAAAGUAAUUAAUAUAUCUUUAAUGUUAGUUACGUUUGAUGUUAGCAAUAACGUAAAUACAUCAGUAAAGGGAUAUAUUUGAUAUUUAAAUACAGUGAAAAUACAACAUUGUAAAACAACUAUGAUAAUGGAUAGAGGUUGUGUUUUGAAAGCAAUACUAUUCAGAGUAUAAAAUGAGUGCCAUAAAUAUUUUUUUCUGUUUGUUUAACUUUGUUUCAGUCCUCUGCCUCAUUGUUGUUGGUCCAGUCACUAGUACUAUAAGUGUUGAAGGCUUCUGUAGCUUCUCAGAUGUCUCUGUGUAUCCUGAAUGCUGACUUGGUUAAGCUAUAGCAACAGAAAUAAAGACAGCCUGCUGCUUCUGUC